UGUUUACGUGUUAGUUAGCUCCUUGUUUAGAGACUUGUUUCCAGCGCUCAGUACAUACUGAUGUGAGUCAUCAUCAGUUGUUCAGGUUUUUUCAGAAAGUUGUGUGCAAGAUUUGAAAGAGUAGCUAAAUAAUUGUCUUUAAUAAGUUUUAAAAGCUAAAAAAAUAAAUAUUUUAAAAAUUGAAAAUUUUAAAUUUAUACCCUAAAUGGACAAUGUUUCUGUGGAGAUACAGAGGGUAAAACUGAAAAUAAAGAUCAUAUUUUGAAAAAAAUCAUGUAAGUGUUAUUAUAGCCUAGAUACAUUAUAAAAUAGCAGUUGAUUAAUUUUCCAAAAUAUGUGUGUGUGCCUGCCCAUUUAAGGGUUAAAAACAGGAAUUAUAAUGGUGAAUAUGUGUUAAAAUGGUAAAGUUCACAGGGAGUUUAAAAAGGCUUUAGUGUACUUUAUUUCAUUAUUCUGUUGGAAAUGUUAAAGUGUUUUUCUAAGAGAGAUCUUCGUAGUGAGUGCUGAUUGGCUCUCAUGAUUUGCAUGCAGUGAUCUCUGAGAGGAGAGAGAGCAAAAGUGAAACUUAACAGAUGACGCAGGAGUCUUUGUCUGAGCGGAGUUUUUCAGGAGCUGAUGUUCUAGACUGUUCUAGAUUAUUUUCCAGAUAAUCUGCCAGAAGACCAGCCUGGUAACAGAACUUAGUUCAGAGUUUUGAAACGUUUGAGGACUUUAUUAGCUGCUCGUUAACACAGGGAGGAGAGGGAAACCUGAUGCAGCUGCAGGCUAACUCAGCUGGAUUCAGUAGCUUCGUCUGGACUGUGUGACCCUUUUUUGGUUGUUUUCAGUCUGGAAACAAGAGACGACAACCAGAUAGCGCUCUGAGCUAGCCCUGGAUGCUCAGGGUUCCUCUGGCCACGCUGGAAAAUCGCUGGACGCUCGACUCUGCCUGCUGAUUCUGAAUCCGGUGGAGGGUCACGCUUGAGUCCCCUCUCUGUGGACCACACCUGUCUGGAAAGGUCGCUUUCUUCAGCCAGUGCAGAGGCUGCCUGUUGUUAAGACCUGAACCCUAAACAUGAGUCAAAGUUCAGAAGAAGAGGAGGACAGACCAGGGUCUCCUGUACCCAGCUGUGUCUCUAUGAGGAGUGAUAUAUCCAAAGAAGAACCUCCAUUCUUCAGUCCUGAACCAGGACCAUCAGACCCAGGCAGACCAGAGUCCAGCAGGCAGAGACCAGGAUCUCCUGUACCCAGCUGUGUCUCUAUAAUGACAGAUAGAUCUAAGGAUGAACUUAUACUCUUCAGUCCUGAACCAGGACCAUCAGACCCAGGCAGAUCAGAGUCCAGCAGACAGAGACCAGGAUCUCCUGUACCCAGCUGUGUCUCUAUGAGGAGUGAUAUAUCCAAAGAAGAACCUCCAUUCUUCAGUACUGAACCAGGACCAUCAGACCCAGGACCCAGUGUGACAGAGCAGCUGUCCAGCUGUGCUUUCUGUCAGAACGUCCUGAAGGAUCCUGUUUCUACCAGCUGUGGACACUGGUUCUGCAGACAGUGCAUCGCCUCGUACCAGGAUCAGUCUGGUUUGUCAGGAGAGUCUUCUUGUCCCAAGUGUCAAGAAAGCCCCCACACAGAACAAGGGAGCGGUGGCCUCCAGGAGAUAAUAGAAGAACAUAAGAAGAGUCUGAAGAAGAGAUAUGAACAUGUGACUGAAGGAACUGAUGAAACAGGAAGUAGAACCCUCCUGAACAGCAUCUACACUGAGCUCUACAUCAUAGAGGGACAGAGUGAAGAGGUGAACAGCCAACAUGAGGUGAGACAGCCUCAGACAGAUUCCAAGAGAAAGACCUUUUAUGAGACUCCAAUCAAGUGUCAGGACAUCUUUAAAGCCUUACCUGGCCAACAGACACCCAGAGUGGUUCUGACCAACGGUGUGGCUGGUGUUGGAAAAACCUUCUCUGUGCAGAAGUUCACUCUGGACUGGGCAGAGGGCUCAAAAAACCAAGACAUCAGUCUGCUGGUUCUGCUUUCAUUCAGGGAGCUGAACUUGAUCAGAGAUAAGAAGUACAGUCUUCUGGAGCUGCUCCGUGUUUUCCAUCCAACAUUCCAGAAGGUCAGAGCGGAGACGCUGGCUGUCUGUAAACUUUUGUUCAUCUUUGACGGCCUGGAUGAAAGCAGACUGUGGUUGGAUUUCAGCAAGAAGUCAGUUCUAUCUAAGGUCACACAGAAGUCAUCAGUAAAGGUGCUGAUAAAAAACCUCAUCAAGGGGAAUCUGCUUCCCUCAGCUCUCAUCUGGAUAACGUCUCGACCUGCAGCAGCCAAUCAGAUCCCUCCUUCAUGUGUGAACAGGGUAACAGAGGUCCGAGGCUUCACUGACGCCCAGAAGGAGGAGUACUUCAGGAGGAGGUUCAGUGAUGUAGAUCUGUCCAGCAGAAUCAUCUCCUACAUCAUGACAUCCAGGAGCCUCCACAUCAUGUGUCUGAUCCCAGUCUUCUGCUGGAUCACUGCUACAGUUCUGGAGAACAUGAUGAGCACAGAGCAGAGAGGAGAGCUGCCCAAGACCCUGACAGACAUGUACUCACACUUCCUGUUGGUUCAGACCAAGAGGAAGAAGAAGAAGUAUGAUGAGGGACCUCAGAUGAGUCCUGAGGAACUCACCAGAUCUGACAGGGAAGUUCUUCUGAAGCUGGGGAGGCUGGCGUUUGAACAUCUGGAGAAUGGAAACAUCAUGUUCUACCAAGAAGACCUGGAGCGCUGUGGUCUGGAUGUCAGCGAGGCCUCGGUGUACUCAGGAGUUUGUACUGAGAUCUGUGAAAAUGAGAUUUUGCAGAAAACAGGCUACUGCUUUGUUCAUCUGAGCGUUCAGGAGUUUCUGGCUGCAGUCUACAUGCACCACUGUUUCACCAACAGGAACAAAGAUGUCAUUGAGGCAUUUCUAGAUGACAUUUAUUACUGGGACUCAUCCAGAAAUUCUUUAUUAAAGAAGAUUUUUCUGUAUUUUGUAACUCCUGACCCAACCCUGGAUGUCUUCCUGGAGAGUGCCAUGGAGAAAUCCCUGAAAAGUCCAAAUGGACACCUGGACCUGUUUGUUCGCUUCCUUCACGGCCUCUCUCUGGAGUCCAACCAGAGACUCUUAGGAGAUCUGCUGGGUCAGACAGACAACAGUCCAAGAAUGAUCCAGAGAAUCAUCAAGAACCUGAAGGAGAUGAACAGCGACUAUUAUGAUGAUAGUGGUGAUGUUUUUGACAUCUCUCCUGACAGAAGCAUCAACAUCUUCCACUGUCUGACAGAGAUGACUGACCUCUCAGUAUAUCAGGACAUCCAAGACUUCCUGGAGUCAGAGAACAGUUCAAGUGAGGAACUCUCUGAGAUCCAGUGCUCUGCUCUGGCCUACAAGCUGCAGAUGUCAGAGAAGGUUUUGGAUGUUUUAGAUCUGAAGGCGUACAACGCAUCAUUCCUCGGACGACUGAGACUGAUUCCAGCUGUGAGGAACUGCAGGGAGGCUCUGUUCAGCGGGUGUGGACUUUCAGAGAUUCACUGUGAAGUCGUGGCCUCAGCUUUGAAGGGCAACCCCUCUCAUCUGAGAGUGCUUGAUCUGAGUGACAACGAGCUGCAGGAUUCAGGAGUGGAGCUUCUUUCUGCAGGACUGAAGAGUCCAAACUGUAGACUGAAGAGUCUGAAACUCAGUGACUGCAGUUUAUCAGAGAUCAGCUGUUCUUCUCUGGCCUCAGCUCUGAAGUUCAACCCCUCACAUCUGAGAGUGCUGAUCCUGAGUAAAAAUGAUCUGCAGCAUUCAGGAGUGAAGCAACUGUUUCCUGUACUGAAGAGUCCCAACUGUAGACUGGAGACUCUAUGUAAGCUGUUCCACAAUGUUGGUGCAUGGAAGGAAAAAGGCCGCUCACCAGCCGUGUGUUUACAGACCUUUGAGACGCUCAGAAUCCCCCCUACAGGAGUCGGUACAUACAGGUUCACCAGAUCAGACAGGCUGGAUGACUGCGGUUUGUCAGAGAAAAGCUGUUUUUCUCUGGCCAAAGCUCUACGGGACACGUCUUUCUAUCUGAAAUCACUGAACCUGGGCAACAACAAUCUCAAGGAUGGAGGAGUGGAGCUGCUGUGUUUUAUUUUUCAGCAUCAACACUGUGGACUGAUGCUUGGUUUAGAGAACUGCAACUUGUCACAGACCAGCUGUCAGUUCCUGGCCUCAGUUCUGAAGGUCAACCCUGCACUUCUGACAGAGCUGAACCUAGGUGGAAACAACAUCCAGGAUUCAGGAGUGGAGCUUCUGUGUGGUUCUCUGAGGAGUCCAGACUGUGAACUGGAGAUCCUAAAUUUGUCAGGCUGUGGUUUGUCAGAGAUCAGCUGUUCUUCUCUGGUCUCAGCUCUGAAGGUCAACCCCUCACAUCUGACACUCCUGCAGAUUGCCAAAAACAAGCUGCAGGAUUCAGGAGUGGAGCUUCUGUGUGGUUUUCUGAAGAGUCCAGACUGUAGACUGAAAACUCUGAGACUGUCUGAAUGCAGUUUGUCAGAGAUCAGCUGUUCUUCUCUGACCUCAGCACUGAAGGACAACCCCUCACACCUGAGAGAGCUGGACCUGCGUGACAACAAACUGCGGGAUUCAGGUGUGAAGUUUCUGUGUGACUUUCUGAAGAGUCCAGACUGUGAACUAGAGACUCUGAGUUUGUGUAACUGCAGUUUGUCAGAGAUCAGCUGUUCAUCUCUGGUCUCAGCCCUGAAGUCCAACCCCUCACAUCUGAGAGUGCUGAGGAUGUGUAGAAACAGUGUGCUGACCUCAGAUGUGAAGCAGCUCUGUGAACUACAGAAGAAUCUGGACUACAGACUGGAGACUCUGAUCUGCAUUUCACAGCAGAGGAAGAUCCGCAAAGUUUGUUUUCAUAUGCUAAUUCAGCAUGGCGAAGCGCAGGCACGAGGCUGACUACAUGAAAUAUGGAUUUUCUUACAUUGAGGACAAAGGAGGACAAAAACCUCAAUGUGUUUUGUGUAGUGAGGUGCUGGAUCAUAAAAGUAUGAAGCCAUCAAAACUAAAGAGACUUUAAGAAACAAAGCACCCUGUUCUCAAAGAUAAACCUGUUGAGUACUUUAGAAGACGACUUCAGGAACUGAGGACAUCGUAAAAGUGCCUUACCUCUUCAUGCUUGAAGCAAGAACAAGUACUUUGCACUUCUUACCGGGUGGCACAUCGUAUUGCCAAGUCAAAAAAGCCCUACACUAUCGCGGAGGACCUGAUUUUAUCUGCAGCACUGGACAUGGUGAGGGAGGUUCUGAACCAGAUAAACUCAAAAUUAUACCUCUGUCAAAUGACAAUAUAAGCAGAUGAAUCAAAGACAUGUUGGAUGACAUCAGACAGCAUACCACUGCUUGUAUUAAUGCAAGCGGUCAUUUUGCAUUACAAAUGGACAAAUCAACGGACAUAACAAACAAAGCAAUUUAACUGGUUUUUGUGAGACGUGUGGGAAGGGGACUUGCAGGAGCAAUUUCUUUGCACAAGAGAGCUCCCUACUACUACUACUGCAGAGGACAUUUUCAGCUCCGUGGACUUGUAUUUGAGUUUGGUGGGUCUAAGCUUGGACAUGUGUGUUGGUAUCACAACUGAUGGCGCUGUCUCCAUGACUGGAAAAAACUCGGGGGUCAUGAGGAGGAUACUUGAGAAGGCACCGAAUGCAACUUGGAACCAUUGUUUCUUGCAUCGGGAGGCCCUGGCAGCAAAGGAUAUGGUACCAGUGCUUCAUGAAACGUUAAAAGAUGUCAUCCAGGUGGUAAAUUACAUUAAACGGAGUGCAGAGAACACUCGUUUUCAAAAACUGUGCCAUGAUCUUGGUAGUGAGCAUGUACAGGUGCUGUAUCAUGCCGAAGUACGCUGGCUGUCGAGGGGAAAGGUGGUGUCACAUUUGUAUGAGCUGAGAGCUGAAAUCGCAGCCUUUCUUGCAGAGAACAACUCACCCCUUGCUGACCUGUUUAGCAGGAGUGUGGCUCGCACACGUCGCUUACCUCACCGACAUGUUCGAGCAAUUAAACACAUUAAAUGUGUCUAUGCAGGGGAGAGGGCACAACAUUUUUGAACAAUAUGGCAAAAUCAAUGCGUUCAAAAAAAGAUCACCGUGUGGGCUACACAUUUCAAAAAAACGACUCGAAAUGUUUCCAAAUGCCUGUCAGGGACAGCAAUUGGACACGGCAGGAAAAAAUGUCAUGAAGAAAACGAUCACAGCACAUCUGAAUAAACUACGGGAGUGGUUUAAUGACUACUUUCCUGAGAAACAGAGGGAUGAUGACUGGAUACGGGACCCCUUUGGUAUCAACAUGGAAAGCGUCACGUUGCCAAGCAACGAAGAGAGUCAGCUGGUGGAGCUGUCAUGUGACCGCACACUGAAAAAGAAAUUCACAGAGGUAAACCUCUCCCAGUUCUGGUGCAGCACUGUGAAGAAAGAGUAUCCUUCACUUGCUACUCAAGCAGUAAAAAUCCUCCUACCAUUCAGCACUACCUAUCUCUGUGAGAGAGGCUUCUCAGCUCUGGUCCAGCUGCAGACAAAGCACAGAAACAGACUGAACAUUGAGCAUGAUGUAAGAGUUGCUUUGUCUACCAUAACCUCAGACUUUGAGACUCUAGUCAGCAGCAACAAGCAUCCCCAGUUCUCCCAUUAAUCCCCCCAUCUCAGCUCUAUUAUGUCAGCAUUAAACCUCAGGUUUAAAGGAGUGCUGCUUAAUUUUUUCAUAGCACAAUGUUGAUCAGUAUUUACCCACUGAUAAGGUAAUCUUUUUUAACUUGAAGCUAUUCUUAAGCUGCAGCUAGUUGCACUUUUCUCAAUUUAUUUUGAGUUUGUGGAUAUAAACUGCUAGUGAAGGUAAUAUUUUUCCCAAUGCGUUGCUGGUUAUAUGUUCAGUAAGUGGGUAUUCUCAGCUGAAGCUACAUAAUUCUGAGUGUUUUUUAAACGCAUCAUUAGUUGCACAUUGCAUGUUUUUUAAACUAUGUUAAAUCUGUAUCCACUGAUGCAGGGUUAUUACAACCACAGUUACAUUAAUAUUCUUGAAACUUUGAUUCCCUAUGAUGCACUUUUUUGUUUUAUUUAAAAUGUUGCUAACGAGUGUAAAAAGGAAUAUUUCCCUCUUAAGCAUCACCACCAGCUGGUUAUUUUGGUUGAUCAUUAAGCAGUUGUUUUGUAUGUUGGCAUACUGUGGUAUUCUGUACUAUCUCACGCUCAACCAGCAUCAUCUUUUCAUUAAAUAAAUUUGAGAAGUUGAAAAAUUUUCCUCGAUUUAGGUUGCGGCUUGUUAUGAAGGAGUGAUGGUGGGUCACGAAGCCAGACCAGUUGAGUACCGCUGGUAUAGACCAUCCUUCUUUCUAUUUCUUGUGAAUACAAUAUAUUUAUUUCAUUUCUAAUUUCCUUCACCUUUGAUAGAAGAUUUUAGUUUGGUUCCUUCUCGUGUUUCAUCUCAAGUUCUUUUAGUUCCAUAGUUAGCCUUAAUAAUUGUAAUUGUUUUCUUUCUUUUUAUAAGAACAAAAGGAUAUAAUUUUUCCCCUGUUAAAAGCUUUUAGGGCAUCCCAUAGGAUCUCUGAACUAACUUCCCCAUUAUUGUUAAUUUCUAAGAAGUUUCUAAUUUCUUCUUUCAGGUAUGAUUUAAACUGUGGUAUAUUGAGAAUGCUUGAGUUUAACCUCCAUUGUGUUCUCCCUGGUUUAUCACUAAUUUGUAACUCUAAUGAGAGGGGUGCAUGGUCAGACAGGUCAAUGCUACAUAUUUCACAAUCAUGAAUUUUAUGACAAUCUUUUUUGAAAAUGAAAAAAUAAUCGAUCCUGGAGUACACCGCAUGUGGAUGAGAGUAGUGGGCAUAAUCUUUUCUUGUUGGAUGAAAAUUUCUCCAGAGAUCAACUAUACCCACCUUUGACAUGUGUGUUUUAAGGGUUUUUUUGUAGAGAAGUCUGAGGGGAUUCUUUUGAGGAAUCUAGUCUGGAAUUAAGCCGCAUAUUCCAGUCUCCCCCACAUAUGACCGUGCCUGUGGCUUCUGUCAUCAUAUCAAACAUUUUCCAAUAAAAAGGGAGAUCAGUACCUGCAGAGCAUAGACAUUUAGUAGUGUAAUUUUUACACCCUCUAUAUUCCCUGAGACAAGUACGCAUCUUCCCUCCUUGUCCUUUAUUUCUGAAAGUAGCUCAAAAGAAAGAAACUUUUCAUGCUCUUUAAUAUUUAAAUGUUUCUUGUAGCAUUGCAAUUUGUGCAUUCUCUUUUUUCAUUUUACUUAAGAUUUCCCUCUUUUUAGUUGGGUUCAGUACUCCAUUUUGUUAAAUGAAAUAAUUUUUAACUUACAGUUGUCAGCCAUAAUCUCUUACGGGUGUUACUCCUGUUAGAACGUCUCCUAAACCGUCAAUAGUAUCCAAUAUGAUACACACUCCUCUCACUUUUUUGAACAAUGUAAAAUGAACAGAACAGAACCAGAAAAGAACAAACUAGAAAAGCACUCAGAGAGCACAGAUCUCCACCAUUAGCCCAAUCCCCCAGUAGUGAAGAAUCAUUUAAAAACACUCCUGGAUCCAGACGGUGAUCCGGAUCACUCCCAAAAUCUA